AAUAAAAUAUUGAAAAGCCUCACCUUCCAAAUCCCCAUUCUCCUCUUCCCCCACUCUUCUCUUUCCCUCUAUUUUACCCCCCUACGACCCUAAAUCCCAAAUCUCGUGGGUUCGAGAAGCGUCCAUGGAGAGCGGCGGCGGAGGGGAAGGGGGAGGGGGAGGGGGAGAGGAGGAGCCGGAGCCGGCGCCGGGGCCGGCGGUGCCGGCGGGGCUGACGGCGGAGGAGUACGCGGAGCUGCGGGCGACGAUCGAGGAGUACCACCGGUACGCGGUGGGGCCGGGGCAAUGCUCGUCGCUCCUGGCGCAGCGGAUCAUGGCGCCCGCGGCCGAGGUGUGGGCGGUGGUGCGGCGGUUCGACCGGCCCCAGAUCUACAAGCACUUCAUCCGGAGCUGCUCCAUCAAGGACGGGGGCGAGGUGCGCGUGGGGUGCCUCCGCGAGGUGAGCGUCAUCUCGGGGCUCCCCGCGAGCACCAGCACGGAGCGCCUCGACGUGCUCGACGACGACCGCCGCGUCGCCGGGUUCACCAUCAUCGGCGGCGAGCACCGCCUCAGGAACUACCGAUCCGUCACCACCGUCACCGAGUUCCGGGGAUCGGGAGGCAACGAGAUCUGGACCGUCGUGCUCGAAUCCUACGUCGUGGACGUCCCCGAGGGCAACACGGAGGACGACACCAGGCUCUUCGCCGACACCGUCGUCAGGCUCAACCUCCAGAAGCUCAAGUCCGUGGCGGAAGCGGCGGCGGCGGAGGCGGCUGCGGCCGCGGCGGAGAAGAAGGGGAAAGAAGAACCCAAUCCAUCCAAUUAAUCAGGUGCGAACAAAAACAAAAAAAACAAAACAAACAAACAAACAAAGAAACAAACAAACAAACAAAGGUUGGAUGUAUCGGAUAGUCCUCGUAUUAUAUCCAUACCAAAACUUAGUCUCUAAUAAUAAACUCUUUCAAUUCCUAAAUCCGACUCGUAUGCAAAAAUUGUUAGCAACCUUUUCACAGCUCAGGGACUAGGUAGAAAUACGGGAAUAGCAUGGGGACUAUUCUUGCAUUCCAUCCAACAAAACUAAGUGUACGUGUUUCCAUUUUCAGAUUUGUGAUGUAAUAAUUGCGUGGCUUUUCCAGGACGGUGUUGCGAAUAGAGUAGUUUUCUUUUUCCUUAUAAACCCAACCACCCACGGCUUUCUCAGAACUUGCUAUAACUGUGCAUUUGAUUGGCCAUAAACGAAGUGUGCAAUCGAUCCGCACAGUUAUGGAAAUUUUUCCACAAGUUGGGGUAGUUACAGCAUUUUUUUUUCCCUCUUCGGUUUCUUUUUUUUUCUUUUUAUUUUUUGGGUGAUAAUUGGACUAGUUAAUUUGUGUGGAAUGUGAACGUUUUCUCCAGUUCUCUCUUUUCAUGCAUUCACGUGUGAAUUGUGAAGUUUGCAGCAUUCCUGUAAAAUCAAAAAAAAAAGGUCUAAAAUUAUGUCAGUAGUCACAUGAAA